AUGUCUGCAAUCAGAAGUUUGUGCUGCAAACCAAAGGAGAAAGAUCCGAAAGAAGAGGAGGAGAAGGUUGAGCGUAGCGAAUGGAGUAAACCCAUCCAGUUUAUUCUCUCAAUUAUCGGCUAUGCUGUGGGUCUUGGAAACAUUUGGCGUUUCCCUUACCUCGUUCUUACCAAUGGUGGUGGUGCCUUCCUCGUUCCAUAUAUUACUUUUAUGCUUUUCUGUGGUAUCCCCUUCUGUUUCAUGGAGUUCACAUUGGGCCAGUUCUCUGGCCUGAGUCCUGUUGAAGCUUUUGGAUUUGCUCCGCUCUUCAGAGGUCUUGGGUGGGCCAUGCUUCUGGUAUCUGGCAUGCUCUGCAUUUACUACAACAUCGUCAUGGCCUGGGUUGUCUUCUACUUUACCCAAUCUUUCAGCUGGAAUCUUCCAUGGAAAUCCUGCAAUAAUUCCUGGAAUACACCCAACUGCUUCACAUACACCGGAAUGACCAACAUGUCUUCGAUUCCUCCUAAUUCUACUAGCUCAACUAUGGAAUUUUGGAACCAUCGAGUAUUAGAGACAUCACCAGAUAUUAGUGAUUUUGGUGGAAUCAACUGGCAUCUAUGCGCUUGUAUGGCCGCUGCUUGGGUUCUUACCUUUCUUUGCCUCUACAAGGGCAUUAAGACCAGUGGUAAAGUGGUAUACGUCACUGCUCUCAUUCCCUAUGUCUUCCUUACAAUCCUCGUUGCCCGUGGUGUGACACUUCCUGGUGCCGACAUCGGUCUAAACUUCUACAUUAAAGCCGACUGGAAGCAGUUAAAAUCCAUCACAAUUUGGACACGAGCAGCUGUGCAGGUCUUCUACUCUCUUGGUCCUGCUUGGGGCGGUCUUAUCACUAUGUCCUCUUACAAUCGCUAUAAUCGUAAAUUCAAUUGGGACGCCUUCAUUCUACCCAUUGUUUGUGGUGGAACAAGCAUCUUCGGUGGUUUUGCAGUAUUCCCAAUUGUUGGUCAUAUGGCCUACCAAAUGGGCAGUACAAACGUGAGUGCUCUAAUGAAUACCGGGCCUGGUCUCGCUUUCAUUGUCUACCCCGAGGCUCUAGCCCAAAUCCCUGGUGCACCCAUCUUCACCGUCUGCUUUUUCGCCAUGUUGUUCACUUUGGGUCUUGACAGUCAGUUCGCAACACUGGAAACAAUGACUAGUGGAUUCAUGGAUCGUUUUCCUAAUACAAUUGGUCGUCAUAAGACUCUCUUUACUCUAAUUGUUUGCAUUGUUCAGUUCUUCCUUGGCUUCGUUCUGGUUACCAGAGCCGGGGGUUACUGGUUCCAAAUUUUUGACUGGUAUGCUACACCAAUUAGCAUUGUUUUGAUAGCCACAUUGGAAGUUAUCGCCAUUUCUUAUGUCUAUGGUGCUAGAAGAAUGCUCGGUCAUGCGGAGACAAUGAUAGGCAAACAAUCAAAGUUUGCCCGACUUUUCUGGACCACAAUUUGGUACUUCAUCACCCCCUGCUUCACCUUCUACCUCUUUGUGACCGUCAUUUUGGACUACUCGCCACCAUAUUUCACUAAUGGCAAACCUUUCCCAUCAUGGUCAGUGGCUUUCGGUUGGUGUAUAGCAUCAAUUUCUAUGAUUCCCAUUCCACUCUAUGCCAUACGGGAGAUUUGGAAACGUCGACACAACCUUAAGAGCUUGAUCCAACCAAUGGAAUACUGGACUCUCGCUUGUGAAGCUCGCUUUCGUCAGGCAUUAUUGAGGAAGGCCAGAGUCGAGGACAUGGAAUUGGGUGACGCCGGAGGCGUUGCGCAAGAAUAG